AUGACGUCUCCUCGCUGGGCUCCGUGCCGCUCCGGCGAAGAGGGCGAGGAGGGCGGAGGAGGGUCUUCUGAUGGAAAUAGUUCGUCUGUCUGGAUCUCCGAGUCGGUGUCUUCUCUCUAUUCUUCCCUUUCUUCCUCUCCCUCGUCGUCGCCUUCGUCCUCGCCGCCGCCGUCGCCUUCGUCCUCGCCGCCGCCGUCGCCCCGUCUCUACUCCGGAGACUCGCCUGCACGGAGGCUGCCUGACAACGACGGCGACGCCUGGCGUCGAGUCGCCGUGCAGCCGCCCCCUCCUCCAGGCAGACGCCUCCGCUUCGUUCGCUCGAUUUCGCUCUUCAACAUCCCUGCGCAUCUGCCUCCCUCUCCAGCACCCGCCUAUUUCCGCGCCGCGCGCGGGAGAGAGCGCCCGCAGCCGGAGUCGGACAGCCUCUCCGACUCGAGUCCUGCCUCUGCUUCAGCCUCUGCGCGUCGCCAGUCACAGGCUGGCGCGGAGGGGGAGGGGGGCGGGACAGCGGAGGCGGCGGAGGCGCCGCGCGCCUUCUACUUGAAGCUGCACCCGGUGCUGCCGUGGUCCGAUUCGACAGUCACGCAGGGCGCCGGAGGCGCGGCGGCGGGCGCAGACCUGCGUGCCCGCAGAGCGACUGAGAGGCCAGAGAACGGGGAGCUGAGGCGCGAGGCGGCGGUCGCCGCGGACGCGAAGCAGGGCGAACCCCCUGGGUCGGCGAAGCAAGCUAGCGAGUGUGCCAGCUGGACCCCUCAGCGACCGCGGGACGGGCGCCCAGUCUCCUCCUCCAGCCCCGAGUACUUUCCGUUCUCAAACUCCUCCUCCUCGACGCCUACGUCGCUCCCGGCGCCGCCGCGGACCCUUCUGCCGGCGCUGCAGAGCGGCCUCUGUGUCGACGCGGAGCAGCCUGUGUCGCACUUCUCGAGCGCGGAGGACCUGGACCCCCUCUCAAGCCUCUGUCACUCGUUUUUGCUCUCUCUAGCUCCGGCCGCGGUGCCCCCGACCUCUUCUGCCUCGUCGCCUCGUGUGCGCGUGGACUCUCAGCUGUCUGCGGCGCCUGCUUGGUCGGCUUCUUAUUCGCUUCCUCCCUCGUUCUGCGCGUCGUCGGGAGGCUCCUCGCCGUCUCGGUCAGCUUCGCACGCGUCGUCACCAGGCGUCAGACCCGCGCGGCGAGUCACGCAGGCCGCGGGCGCCGCGGAAAAUCUCCACAGAGCCUCGCCGUCGUCGAGGGAUGAGAUCCCGCUGCUUCGCGUGAACCUCAGGCGGCUCAGGCUUCUGCAGCCUGGCGAGGCUCUGUGGGCGCUGCCGCCGGCGUCUCUGCCCUGCUCUCCUCCCCCGGGCGCGUCGCCUCCCCCGGCAGUCGUCGUGACGCUCGCUGACGGGCAGCGCCUCACCAACCUCGCGGCGUCGCACGGUUUCAACGGGCGAGAGGUCUCCUCUGUCUCUACCUCGAGUCUUUCGAACCGGUGUCCUGCGGCGUCGCAAGGCGCCGCCUCUCUCUCGGGGUUGCGCCGCGGCAAUGCUGCGUCGCCGGUCUCCUUGCGCGCGUCACCGGCGUCCACGGAGUCCGCGUGUUCUCUUCGAUGCGUGGUCUGGCACGAUGCUGGCACGCGGCCGGUGCUGGGGGGCGGCGCCGCGUCCUUCUCGUCUUCAUCUCUCUCUGGCGGGCGCGCGCCGCAGCCUCCGCAGUCCGCGCAGGCCUUCUGGGCGCAGCUGCUGGCGAUGAGGCAGCUGGGGGCGGAGGUGAUGCGCGUCAGAGGCGAACGGAAGUCGCGGCAGAGGGAGCUGCAGGCGCUCCUUCGCCGCGAAGACGAGGCAAGCAGAGAGACUGAGCGACGCGCGGUGGAGGAGAUGCACCAAACAGGAAGCGAGACCGACGCCGCUCCUCUAGCCGGACGCACUCGCAGCGCGGAGGAAAAAGCGGCUUGCCUAGCCUACGAGCUUAGGCCGAUCGCGCGGAGAGAGGACGACGGCGCACAGAGAGAAGGCGCCUUCACAGAGGUUGGUUCGGAGCAAGUCGCCCUGACAGAUGACGCAGGAUCGAAAAAAAGGAGAGAGGCGUGGAGCCACCUCGCGUCCGCGGCGCACGCCACCUGCUCUCCUGGCGCCUCCUCCUCGACCCGCACUCUUUCGUCGCGCGCCCCGUCUUUCUCCGUUGUUCAUUCUGCGCCGCUCCGAGGGGCCGCGUCAGUCUCGCUGUCUCACCGGCUCGUUCGGCUCGCGGCUCUCCGGGCACAUGCGAGAGCCGUGGCGUGCGCCGUCGCACACGGGCGUCGCUUUUUGGCAGGCCGGUGUCUUUCUCUGCGUUCACCUUCGCGGCAGAACGCGCUCGCUGUGCUGAGCCACGACCUGCGUCUCCUCCGGCAGGCUCUGUAUUGCCGGCGCAUCCGCAUGCUUUGCGAGCUCGUUCAGAUUUUCCCCGUUGAGAACUACGGCCGUGAGAGGACGAUUCGCGGCUUCGAGAUCCCGCCCCUGGACGCGCUGGAGCGCUCACUGUUCGGGCUCCCCACCCCGUCGCCAGUCUCCAGCCGCCGAAGCAGCUCCACACAGUCUCUGCACGGCGCCGCGACGCCCCCCGCCGCGGCGGAGGGGCGAGGAGACAGUGGGGCUGCCGAGGGGGGUGACAGCGGCGCGGGGAGCACGGCCUCGGCCUCAGGGGGCGGAGGGCUUGGGGGUUCGGGGUCGGGUGCGCCGCCGGGGGAGCCAGGCAGAACGGGGUCGGGCUUGAGCAGCACGUCGAGCUCGGCGAGUCUCUCCGGCGCUCCGACGACACCGGUCGCUCCUGUGGCGCCGCCGCCCACGGCGCUGUCGCCUGCCGAGUGCGAGUCGCUUUCCGCCGCCGUCGGCUUCCUCGCGCACCUCGUCGUCUUCGUUCAGAAAUACCUCGACAUUCCCGUCGUGUGCGCCAUCCAGAGUCCCCUCUUCCAGCCUGUCGCCCUCCGGCUCGUCUCGCCGGCUCUGUGGGGCCCGCGGGGAGCGGGGGAGGGCGGGGCGGCAGCACCUAGCGCGGCGGGCGGCGCCGGGGAGAAGGAUCGGGCGAUUCGCUCUCUGCUGCUGCAGGCGCUCGUGCAGCACCAAGAGCGCUUCCUCAAGCAGCUGGACGCGGCGGGGGCCGCUGCGGGUGCAGCCGGCGGAGGCGGAAGAGAUAGCUCGCCGGGGGGGGCCUUUUUUUUUGGAGCGAAACAGGCGACUGUGCAGAAGAAGGGCGGGGCUCUGAAUGCCUCGCUCCUGUUCUUGUCGGCGAACAGUGGAGGAAGCGGGAAAGACGUCUCUCUCGCGUCGCCCCUUCCGGCUCUCGACUGGCGCAUUCAGCUGCCGCUGCACCUGCAGGGCACCGCGGGAGGAGGCCCGAUGGGCGCGCUGCAGAGGCAACAGAUCUUCCUCGCGGGCCUUCGCACCGUCGCUGAGUGCCUCACCGAAGAGUGGGCGGCGGAGCUCGGCAUGGUGGGCUCCGUGGCGCGCGGCCGGUUCGCAGGCGCGCCGCGACUUGACGGCCGCGGAGAGGACGAAGGCGGCGGCGAAGAGGACGUGCUCUUCCUGCCUCUGAAUGCCCUCGAAAGUGUAGAAACGAUUCUGCACAGAGAAAUGUGGGGCUUCGACAGGACCACCUAG